AGAGCAAGCGGCGUUCGCCCUUGGGCUCUAGGAGCAGGCGGCUGGUACAGUUCGGGACCAGGGGUUCGCGGUCAUGGCCAAGACGCUUCUUCACAAGUACUCGGAUAUCCCCGAAGGCACCGAGUGCCACCGCAAGGCCUAUGCCAGCACCAGUAUCGGUGGUGCCACUGGCCUGAUUGUCUCUGCCUACAGUAUUGCGCUCAAGCCCCCAGCCUCCUUCCUGGAGGGAGUGGCAAGGACAGGACGGUACACAUUUACCUCAGCUGCCAUCGGCGCCAUAUUCGGCCUCACAUCCUGCAUCAGCGCCCAGGUUCGCGAGAAGCCUGACGACCCUCUGAACUACUUCAUUGGAGGCUGCGCCGGAGGCUUGACCCUGGGAGCACGCACCCGCAGCUAUGGGAUCGGAGCCGCCGCCUGCGCGUACAUGGGCUUGACAGCUGCCCUAGUCAAGAUGGGCCAGCUGGAGGGCUGGCAGGUGUUCGCAGAGCCCAAGGUGUGAGCCCCGCCGCCUCCCGGGACCUCGGGCAGGUGCAAGUUCAUUGUAAAAUAAAUUCUGCGUGUAUUUA